AUGGAGGAGAGCGAUAAUGAUAUCGUCAUGGAUGGUGAGGACCGACGCAUGGCUGAUGGCUCUUCUGGCGCCAACGGGUUUCUAGAUCCGACAACUGGAGAAAGCUCGCUAGAGACCACGAACGGUCACAGCGCAGAUGGCACGGCACAAGAUGAAGACCGUGAAUCCGAUCCGACUGCCUACCCUGAGCAUCUACGCCGGCGCGGCCUGCUCCCGACGGGUUGCUGUUAUGAUGAUCGCAUGAAACUACAUGCCAAUGCGGACUUUGGUCCCAGCCCCCAUCAUCCCGAGGACCCAUCUCGUAUCGAAUAUAUAAUGAAGACUUUUAAGAAAGCUGGACUAGUGUUCACCGGUUCCGAUGCGGAACUCAUCCGCAUCAUACAGACAGAGCCGAACAAAUACAUGUGGCGCAUCCCGGCCAGGGAAGCGACGAAAGAAGAAAUCUGCACCGUUCACCAUCCGAGCCACUACUUGUGGGUUGAGCAGCUGUCCCGCAUGUCAACACACGAGCUCCGCCAGCUUUCCAAGGAAAAGGACCAAGGAAGGGACUCCUUGUAUGUCGGCAGCAUGACAUACGAGGCCUCGCUGAUCUCGGCCGGCGGCGCCAUUGAGACAUGCAAGAGCGUGGUUGCCGGGACCGUCAAAAACGCUUUUGCUGUCAUCCGACCGCCGGGACACCACGCCGAGUUCGACUGCGCCAUGGGGUUCUGUCUGUUCAACAACGUGCCCAUCGCGGCCAAGAUCUGCCAGGCUGAUUACCCGGAUCUAUGCCGCAAAAUCCUUAUCCUGGACUGGGACGUCCAUCACGGCAACGGCAUCCAGAACCUGUUUUAUGACGAUCCUAACAUCCUUUAUAUCUCGCUCCACGUAUACCAGAACGGCAUGUUCUACCCCGGCCAGCCAGACAACCCGAUGACCCCCGACGGCGGCCUCGAGCACUGUGGUGCCGGGCCGGGCCUGGGCAAAAACGUUAAUAUCGGCUGGCAUGAGCAAGGCAUGGGUGAUGGCGAGUACAUGGCGGCCUUCCAGAAGAUCGUCAUGCCCAUCGCUCACGAGUUCAACCCCGACCUGGUCAUCAUUUCAGCCGGCUUCGACGCAGCGGCCGGAGACGAGCUCGGGGCCUGCUUCGUCUCGCCCGCCUGCUAUGCGCACAUGACGCACAUGCUGAUGUCGCUUGCCGGCGGCAAGGUGGCCGUGUGUUUGGAAGGCGGAUACGAUCUCGAAGCCAUCUCGAAGUCGGCGCUGGCCGUAGCGCAGACUCUCAUGGGCGAGCCUCCCCCGAAGAUGGAGAUCCCCAAGAUCUGCCGGGAAGCGGCCAAGGUGCUGGCCAAGGUGCAGGCAUACCAGGCGCCGUACUGGGAGUGCAUGCGGCCCGGUGUUGUGGAUGUCCAGGACCUGCAGGCACAGGAGUCGUACCGUCUGCACGAUGUGGUUCGGACGGCGCAGCGGCAGGUUUUAUCGCAGAAGCACGGAAUGCUGCCGCUGUAUAUCCAGCGAGACGUGCUCUUCAAGUCAUUUGAGAACCAGGUGCUGGUCACGAGGAACCUAUACGCGGCGCGAAAAAUCCUCGUUGUCAUUCAUGACCCACCGGAGCUGCAUGGCCAGCCGGAUCCAUUGGACAACUCUUUGGAGGCGCAUAAUGCGUGGAUCACGGACGGCGUCACUCGGUACAUCGACUGGGCCGUCAGCAACGGUUUUGGGGUUAUGGACGUCAAUGUGCCCCGUUAUAUCACGCACCCAGAGGACACGGAACCGUACAUCCCAAAAGCGGAUGAGCGCACCCUCCAGGCACAGAUCCAGGAGCUGAUGUGCUACAUCUGGGACAACUACCUUCAAUUGUACGAUAACGUGGAAGACAUCUUCCUCAUGGGCGUCGGAAACGCCUACCUCGGCGUCAAGAUGCUGCUCAUUAGCAGAUUAGACGUCAAGUCGCGCGUCUCGGGCGUUGUCAACUUUGUCAAUGGCAGCCUGCGUCCAGUCAAGUCGGACGCCGACCAGGACCUCUCGUCGUGGUACAAGGAGAACUCGCAGGUAUACGUGGCCAAUGACCACGCUUGCUGGGCCGACCCGGACCUCACGCGGAAGGUGAUGAAGCGCCGGUUCGGAAAUGUCAUUCGCAGUCACGCUAGCGGGCUCACGCCAAUGAUGGCGGAGCACUUCACUGACGUGCGUCACUUCAUUACGGAGCGGGUUGGGGAGCGCGAGGGUGACGCGGCGGGAGAUACCACGGAGGACGAGAACCGAGCGGAUUAG